AUGGCGAAGCCCAACAAGCAACUCCCAUCUCCACAGGCCAACACAAUGGCGGACGCCACGCGUGACUAUGAAGGCUGCGGAGGGGGGACCGACACACUGACAGGGCUGAAUGCAAUCUUCGACGCCAUCUGGGCGAAACUAGAAGCCAGAGAGAGGCAGGCUAAAGCACAAAGGAACCUAUACAGGGAAAGUCCCACAAGUCUCCGCCACAGCCGAGCUAAACUUCGCUCAACAGACAGCAAACAAAGAUGGCGCCGAAGACAGAGACAUCUCCCGCCUGCCCGCAAGCGCUUAUACCGAGCGGCAAUACCACCACGAGAAGACCUGCUUGGUGCCUCUGCCGUAAUGAACCCUGGCUAG